CCCACACUCUCUUUUCAUUUAUCCGGUCUCCUCCGUUUAUGUUUGCCCAGAAGCCCUUCAUAGAUUCUACCGGUCUUUCAGCAUCCGUUUCCAACUUCCAACAAGGGAUGGCGGAAGCCCCUCGGUCAGCUGAAAUUGAAACAAGUUGCGAUGUAACAAUUGCUAUACAAAGCGACCGCACAAGCAAGGAGCAGAAAAUCCUCAGAGUGCCUUGCCAACUAAUUGAGGGGAUGGCGGAAGCCCCUCGGUCAGCUGAAAUUGAAACAAGUUGCGGUGUAACAAUUGCUAUACAAAGCGACCGCACAAGCAAGGAGCAGAAAAUCCUCAGAGUGCCUUGCCAACUAAUUGAGGGGAUGGCGGAAGUCUCUCAGUCAGCUGAAAUUGAAACGAGUUGCGAUGUAACAAUUGCUAUACAAAGCGACCGCACAAGCAAGGAGCAGAAAAUCCUCAGAGUACCUUGCCAACUAAUUGAGGGGAUGGAGGAAGUUUCUCAGUUAGCUAAAACUGAAACAAAUUGUCAUGUGUCAAUUGCUAUACAAAAGGACCGCCCAAGCAUAGGGCAGAAGCUGAAUUUGGAUUGGAAAAAGCCAAAACAGAAAAUCCUCAGAGUGCCUCACCAACUGUUCAAGGUAAAUGAAAAGGCCUAUGAACCAUAUGUCAUUUCUAUUGGUCCAUACCAUCGCGGUAAAGAUCACUUAAAGGAAAUGGAAGGACAAAAGGUGCAAUCUUUAAAAUGGCUUCUUCAAAGGAAUACAUAUCAAAGUGUUGAAACGUAUCUAUCAGAAAUAAGAAAUAUGGAGAAAGAAAUUCGUAAUUGUUAUUCAGAACCUUUAGAUAUUUCCAAGGAAGAAUUUGUUGAAAUGAUGGUCCUCGAUGGUUGUUUUAUUAUUCAGUUUUUUACGAAAAACUUGGGCGAUUCUUUCUGCUACUCCGGUCUCAUCUAUUCAAGCAUUUUACAUGAUUUGGUUCUAGUUGAGAAUCAACUUCCCUUUUUUGUACUACUAAAGUUAUUGAACAUAAUCUCAUCUAAAUUCCCAACAGUGGUCUUCAACAUGGUGGGUGUUACAGAUCCAAGAAGCCAUUUUAUCCGUAAAGUACUUAAAAAGUUUAAAAAAGAUAUGCCAGGGCUUACGGUUGACCGAACCUAUAAUGACGAUUCGAUACAAGAAGUCGAGCAUCUAGUACACUUAUUACACUCCAAUUGGCGUCCUUCAAAAGAAGCAACGGAUGAAUACGAUAAGCAGACAAAAGAUUGGAAAUGGCAUUUCAUGAUACCUUCCGCUACAGAACUAAGAGAGGCAGGAAUUGAGUUCCAAGUGGUUGAGACAGAAGGGGAUAAUGUUAAAAGGAGCUUAUUUGAUAUCAAGUUCAAAAACGGGAAACUAGAGAUGCCAGCUGUGACUAUUGAAGAUGGCACGGAGAGCUUGUAUCGUAACCUCAUUGCCUGUGAACAGUUUGACAAUUCGGAGCCGCGAUACUUAACUGAAUAUGUUAAACUCAUGGAUUGCCUAAUCAACUCAGGGAAGGAUGUGGAGUUACUUUGUAAGAAAGAGAUAAUUGUUAAUUUUUUAGGCGAUCAUGAAACAGUUGCAAUAUUGUUCAACAGGCUCGGAGAUCAUACUAAUUUAUCCAAAAAAAAUUUCUUUUAUGCCCAGUUAUUUAAGGAUGUCCACAAGCAUUACAAAACACCCUGGAAUAAACGGAAAGCAAACUUAAGGCACAAUUAUUUCAACACUCCGUGGGCUUUUAUUUCCUUUCUUGCUGCAACUUUGUUGCUUUUACUUACAGUGCUCCAGACUUCAUUUACAAUUUUCUACCCGUCAUGAAAUUUGGAAGGGCAAGAGACCCAAGAUCAAAAGUGAAUUUGCAAGUGUUACGUAGACUAGUAGAAAGGCUUUGCUAAAUUUUGUUUUCUGUAAUUACCUUGUUGUAUUGUACUGUAUCUUGCUUUUUAAGAUGAUUGUACUGUUGUCACCGUGUUUUCUUUAGGUUUAUUUGUAUUGUACUGUAUCUUGCUUUAUAAGAUGACUAGCCAUUUCCUUUGGCUGUCUCUGGUCAACACUAACUGCUUGGAAUUCAUUCA